AUGGAUAUCAAUUGGAUCAUCGCAUUGACGAUCGCCUGGCUAACGUGUCCGGUGAAUGGGAAAAUGACUUGUCGUGAGGUACAACUGGCUCGUGAGUGCGAAGCUCUUUGUAAAAAAAAUCGUCACGGCGGGAUUUCCUGUGAAUUGAGAGUAGCUCUCCUCUUACCAGCUGAUCCAAGCUUUGAUAUAGCGUUGCCGAAAGUUCUUCCGGUUCUCGAUUUGGCCGUCUAUGAAGCCAAAUUACGAGGUCUUUUACCUUCUUGGUUGAAAUUAAAGUUUCUUUCGCAAGACGAUCAUUGCGAUGCAACGUACGCCCAAAUUGGCGCGAUCGAUAGCUUCUCGAAUUGCGUACAUUUGUUCCUCGGCCCUGCUUGCGAUUAUUGCGUAGCGGCCGUUGGUAGAGUGGUAAAAUUCUUCGGUGCGCCGUUAAUUACUACCGGUGGAUUCACUUUCGAUUUUACGCAAAAGAAAACAGAAUGCAAGGACGAGUACUUUAUGACAACCCGAGUUGGAAAUUUGGCCUUCAGAGAUCUCGCCAAUUUCUUCAUCGCUUUGAUGAAUCGAUACGAGUGGCGGAAGGUGCAUCUGGUCUACGCGACUAACGGACAGAGUCAGCUCGCCGGCAGACACACUUGUCAGCUAAUGAUGAAGUCCAUGGUAGAGUUUAUCAAGAAGCAGCCAAACUUUACGUUCGGCACGUUCGAUGUCGAAACUACCGUCCCUAAAGAUUAUCCGGAGGCGUUGCAAAAUCACGUGGGCAAUUGGUACGGUGUCGUGGUGAUGUGUGCCAAUUCGACGACCAUCAGAGAGAUACUUUUGGCCGCGGAACAGCUUGGGAUGGUCGAUUCCGGGGAAUACGUGUUCUUUUCCAUAGAACUCUCGUCCAGCGACAACAACUCGAAGGAGCCGUGGCGGGUGGAGAGUGACACGGAGGAGAGGAACGAGAAAGCGCGGAAAGCUUAUCAAGCACUGCUAACGGUCACCGCUCGAACGCCCGACAAUAUCGAAUAUUUGAAUUUCUCGCGAGAGGUGAAAACGCUCGCGCAAACCAAAUACAAUUUCACUUUUGGGAGCAACUCGGUCUCGACUUUCGUCACCGCGUUUUACGAUGCGGUCAUCCUUUACGCCCUCGCGCUUAAAGAGAUCUUACCGGAACAUCCUGGCAGAGUAAACCUGGACGGCGGCGAUCUCACACGGAGAAUGUGGGGCAGAAGUUUCAAAGGUAUAACCGGGGACGUGAACAUCGACGAGAAUGGGGAUCGAAUAGCUGAUUACUCCCUUCUCGACAUGAAUCCAGAAACGUCGAAAUUCGAGAUCGUCGCCAAUUACUACGGUGCCAAUAAGACGUUGCAGUACGUGGCUGGGAAAAGGAUUCAUUGGUCCGGUGGCCGAUCAAAACCACCGCCUGAUACGCCCACUUGCGGUUUCGACGGCUCCCUGUGCCCUGACAAUACUCUUCCAGGAUACGCGAUUCUCUCGAUGGUCUUGAGCUCCAUCGUCGUCUUUCUCUUCGUUGGCUCGGUGUUCAUAUACAGGCACUUUAAGCUCGAGGCGGAGAUAGCUUCUAUGACGUGGAAGGUGCACUGGAACGAUAUUAUAUUCGUGCCGAACGCAAAAACCCGAGGCUCCAUGUUUUCGCUGAUCGCGAACAAGAUGCGCGGUAGUCAACUGACCAUAUACUCGGACGAAAAUAUUAGUAUGCCAGGUGAAAUAGACAGAAACGUCUACAUUCCAACCGGAAUUUACAAGAACUCUACGGUGGCCAUAAAACUUAUACCGAGGAAAAAGGUGGAAAUCUCACGGCCUUUGUUGCUGGAGUUGAAACGGAUGAAGGAUCUUCAACACGAUCACCUAGUCCGAUUUUACGGUGCUUGCAUCGAACCACCGUAUUGUUGCCUUUUGACCGAGUAUUGCCCGAAAGGAUCUCUCCAGGAUAUAUUGGAAAACGAGCAGAUCAAAUUGGAUCGCGUGUUCCGUGGAUCGUUGAUCCACGAUAUCGUGCGAGGGAUGGUGUAUCUUCACGCGUCCGAGGUGAAGAGUCAUGGAAAUCUGAAAUCGUCCAACUGCGUGGUCGAUUCACGCUUCGUCCUCAAGAUCGCCGACUUUGGAUUGCACGAGCUGAGAAGACCUACUUAUUGCGGGGCGGAGGUCGACAAGAAUAAUUACGCGUUUUGGAGGGGGCAGCUGUGGACGGCACCGGAAUUAUUGCGAAUGGAAAGGCGGCCACCCGAGGGCACUCAGAAGGGCGAUGUGUACAGUUUCGCUAUAAUCGUUCACGAGAUCGUGAUACGCCAGGGGCCAUUUUACUUGGGCGACGAUUACGACUUUUCCCCGCAAGAAAUAGUGGAGGGGGUGAAAAGAGGCGGUGGUUCUCCGCUGAGGCCCGCGAUCGACGACGCUGCGGUCGAGGAAGAGGUGGCCACAUUGAUGAGGAAAUGUUGGGCGCAAGACGCCGCAGACAGACCAGAUUUUCCCGCGCUCAAGCAGACCAUAAGGAAAAUUAACAAGGAUUACGAGAGCAGCAACAUCCUCGACAAUCUGCUCUCUCGUAUGGAGCAGUACGCGACGAAUUUAGAAACGUUGGUGGAGGAACGUACAGCUGAUUAUCUGGAGGAGAAACGCAAGUGCGAGGAACUUCUGUACCAAUUGUUGCCGAAGUCUGUCGCGUCCCAGUUGAUAAUUGGACAGAGCGUGAUAGCAGAAACUUACGACCAAGUAACCAUCUACUUCAGCGAUAUCGUAGGAUUCACCAAACUCUCGGCCGAGAGUACGCCACUUCAAGUGGUGGAUUUAUUGAACGAUCUGUACACGUGUUUCGACUCUAUCAUAGAAAAUUUUGAUGUUUACAAAGUGGAGACCAUAGGCGACGCUUACAUGGUUGUGUCGGGACUGCCGGUGAGGAAUGGGACGAAUCAUGCCAGGGAAAUCGCGAAGAUGAGUUUAGCGCUAAGGGACACCGUGAUGACGUUCAGAAUACGCCACAGGCCAAACGAGCAAUUGAAGCUUCGAAUUGGAAUGCAUUCCGGGCCUUGCGUGGCUGGUGUGGUUGGUCUGAAGAUGCCCAGGUACUGUUUAUUCGGGGACACUGUGAACACCGCAUCCAGGAUGGAAAGUAACGGGGAAGCUCUGAAGAUCCACGUCAGCCCGAAGACGAAAGAAAUUCUGGAUACCUUUGGGACGUUCGAGCUCGUUUGUAGGGGCGAGGUUACAUUGAAGGGCAAAGGCACGAUGACCACCUACUGGUUGAUCGGUGAGAAACCGAUGGGUAGCAACGUUCAGGAGACAAUCACCGUUUCGUCGGUGACGACAACGGUAACAUCCAUGACAACGACGAGCAAUCAGGUGUCGAUCGAGCAGCCACGAGCACUUCACGAGGACCGCGCAAGCGUAGCUGCGUGUCAAUCGAAAACGCACGAGGUUCAGUCGACGACGAGCAAGCAGAAUUGCCAAGAACAAAAUCAUCGGGCGGCGCAAAAGGGGGUGCAGGAGCAGCAAAGAACGAAUCAGCAGAAAGGUCAAGAGCAUCGACAACAACAGGUUGGAGGGCAAGGCGGGAGUCCGGAAUUGCAGAAUCGCAGCAAGGAUAGGAGUGGUGGCGAUGGUGGGCGCGGUGGUGGCAAGGAAGAUGGUGGAGGUGGAGGUGGAGGUAGAGAUUGGAACGACGGCAGCAAGGACGAGAGCAAGGUGGAGAGACAAGGUGGAGAAAUAUUUAGCAAGGGAAACGGUUUAACGAGUCGUGCUCGUACGAUAAGCAACGGUUCGUCUGCUUCACCGUCUCGUAAUCGUCCUCUCGUUUCGACAUCGUCGACCAACGUCGUUUCACAGGGGCGACGGCCCUAUCAAGCUAGCGAAAGCGUGGCGAAUCACACGGAAAGCGGUUCGAGCGCACCCCUCCUUGUACCCACGACACCCCCUUCGAGAGUUUAGUUCCUUUACUUCGUUCUUUUGUUCUCGCCUCACGCGCACACACACACAUGUACACACACCUUGCGAUCUUCCUUGCGGAUAAAUCAUCCUCGAUAUACGUGUAUCAUCAUGUAGAGUAGCAGCUGAUUAACUUUCGGGUCGGUUACCUAUCCGAUCGAAAUUUGGGUCCACACGUUCGAAAGGAUUUCUUUCGAAGUAAAAAAAAAAAAAAAAAAUGAGCGGGAACACGAUCGUUAUUUAUUGUAUCGAAGGAAAGAGGGACCAACGUGCACCUCGAAGGAGAAGGUAGAUAAUUCUGCCCUCGCGAUAGAUAAGUUCCUAGGUCGAAGGUUUGUCUCUCUCUCCCUUCCUCUCAGCUAUCCUUUCGAUCUUCUCUCUCUCUCUCUCUCUCUGCAGGUAUUCGUCUCGUAUUUCGAUGGAUAACGCCAAUACUUUCCAAGGAUCGAUGCUUUUUAAAAAAAAAAAAAAAAAAAAAAGUUCAUCGAAAUCCGAGAAGAGAGACGUAAAGUAAAAUUUGACGCGCGCAGGAAUCGAUUGAAAAGCGUGGAAGCAUGCAAUACGAGAAAAUUAAUUUUAAUAAAGUUACUAAAGAGCUUGGAAAGUCGAGAAAAAUCGAUCGAAUAUUUUGUCUUCCUCCUCGUUCUAUUUGCAGAAUAUGUUGUUGAGCGCUAUUCAUUUCCGCGAUUCGAUCGAAACGUGUUCUAUCGAUAAACGAAAGUUAUCUGAAAUAAAUUUCAAACGUAAGCGAUCGAACAAAAAUGUAAGAAAAAAAAAAAAAAAUAGUGAAUUUUUGCGCGUUCCCAUAUUGGUGAAAGAUAUGUACAUACAUAUAUAUAUAUAUAUAUACAAGGUAAUCAUGUUAAAAGAGGCUAGCUAAUUAUCUUCUGUAGUACUACUACAGUACUAUUCAUAUACCGAGGAACAUAUUUUAAACAAAAUCCGUGAUUUUAAAAAUUCCGAAGAAAACACCUUUGGAAUUCGACAUUAAGACAUAUAUUCGUCCAUUGAUAAGCAUUUAAAUUUCGUUUGUAAUAUUUUUUUAUAGCGUCGAAGAUAAUCAGGCAACCUGUUUUAACUUGUGACACCCCGUACGUUUAGAUUCUCACGCAUGAGUUACACGUACACAUAAGCGUGCGCACACACACAUACACAUAUACUCACGCAAAGUUAAAGUUUUACACUAUGUAUCUGUCGGUGUACAAAGGAAAAGAGAGGCUGGACCUCGUUCGAAAGUCACAAUUGCGAAACACAAUGGAAAUUCAAUCGAAGAAUCUUCGAAAUCUGCUUAUUCGUUAUGCGGAAAAACUAAUCGCGUAAUGUAGUCGUGCACACGCGCCCGUUUCUUGUUUAUAUGCGCGUUCACGCUGUGAAAGGAAUGAAAGUAUACAAAAUACAUUAGCGCAACGUCAAAUUUCUCUCUAUUCGUGUCAAUCUUUUUUUUUUUUUUCAACAGAUGUAACAGUUGAUUAUUCGGGGAAAAUAAAGUUUCUUCGUUUCCACGAUUCGUAUCUCUUCCACUGAAAUCGGUGGAUAAAAUCGAAUCUUUAAUUUUUUAAUUUACUUUUAAUUUAUUUUUAAACGAGAAUGAUAUAAUUAUCGUAGAUCGUAAUUAAUUUACAUUCAUUAUAUUUACGAUUUUAAACGCAGUCAUUGGAAGAGAGAUGUUGAAACCUACAACACAG